AUGGUGGAGCAGCUGGGUCCCUUGUUGCGGCCCCGGGUGGAAGAGAUCUUGCAGAGCUCAGCUUGGCCAGUGGGCGCCACCAUCUUUCGGAAAUCCGCGCACGCGUCUCGCGGCACACACGCGCAUCAGGACUUGUCCUACGCAUGGCGCCCGGGAUCUCAGCUCUUCAGCUGCACGACUUGGGUGGCUCUCACGCCAGCGAGCGCGUCGCCUUUGCAAGUGCUCCCGGCUUCGCACAAGCAAGGCGUUCAAGCAGCUGUGGACUUCCUUGAUCCUGACUUCGUAGAUAAGGCCAGCAGCAAGGAAUGGAAGGAGGCGGUCACGAUUCAAGUUGAUGCAGGUGACGCCGUCCUUUUUGACUCUCGACUUUGGCAUAGCGCGGACGCCUGUGUCGGCGGCUUGCGUGUGGCUUUGGCGAUCACUUGGGCCACACCAGCUGGGCCGGACGGUGCGGCGCCAGGCGAGUACCCCAGAUGGCCCAUGAGCGCCUUGCCCCCACCCGCCACGGUGCCGAAGAGUGGCUUCGGCAUGGACACGGUGGGCGGUCAGCUGAAGGCGGCGCUGCGGGCGCUUCUCGACGCGGACGCGGAGUCGCACACAUCUGCUGCAGAGCUGGUUCACGCAGUUUUGGCUUCGAAGGCCUUGGAGACGCUGCCUGAUCCGCCUGAGGCCGAACGCCUGCUGCGGAAGUUCCUGGACAUGCGCAAGGCGGUGCUGCGACACGGAGCAGCGGGGCAGAAUGGCCAGCUGUUUGAGUCCCUCUACAAGGCGCUGAUUCUGCCGCAGGAAUUGAGAGCCAGGCCAAGAAGCUUGGAGGGAGAGCUGGAAGGGGCUGAAGAGACUUCGGAAGGAGUGCAGGAGAUGAAAGUUUGGAUGCGAAAGUGGGCGGAAAGGACCGCAUCAGUCCUGGCAGUGGUUAUCUUUGGAUCUCAAGCUUCUGCAGAGGCUUCGAGAUGGAGCGACCUCGACCUUUGCGUCCUUUCCCACGGCCAGGACGUGCUGCAGAUGCUGUCAGCAGCGCUAGAAGCGGACUGCCUGCAAGGGCAUGGCCUUUGUUUUUCGAAGCCGUCCGAAGAGAAGCUCACCGUCUUUAUCCCGCGUGGCAAUGAUGUGGUCCGAAUGGAUUGCUUUGUGACCAACGAUCUCUCCACAGUGGACGUCCUAGCGACUUCCGCCAAAUCUCUUCUCUACGCUCAGGAUGCAGACAUUCUCCGGCAUUGCGGUCAGGAGAAGCCACUAUCACUUGUUCUGCGUGGCCUGGUAAUCAGAUUUGUGGAAUCAUUUGAGAAUGCCUUGGCCCAGAUGUUGUCCCAUGAUGCAUACCGAGCCUACUUUCAGAUGUUCAUCGUUUUCGACAGCCUCGUGAAGCUUCUUUACAUCCUAGAUGGGGGUCGCCAAUUUCUUCAUCUACCAAAGCACGCUUUUAAGGCCUGUUCAAGCGAAGCACGCCGCAGCUUGACAAGUCUGGUUCCCAACAUCCGCAUGGAAUGGCUGCUGGAAGAAGACGACCCCUUCUUCUUUGCUGCGUACCUCCACCAGUUCCAGAAGUUUGCGAAGACUGCCCAGCGAAUCCCAGACCUCUCCUCUGCGCUUCAAUGCUCCAUGGGCCCUUCAGAUCUGCCGCGAAGCAUUGAGACCAUGCAUAGGCUACUUCAGCGAACUGCCAUUCGUCAGUUCCACAAAGGCCUGUACCUGUGCAUCGGGGAUGGGGUGCCUCAUGCGGCAAAGACCGUGCUUGAUUUGCAGGAGUGCGGGGCAGAUUUGAAUCAUGUCCGCAGUGUUCCCCUCCCUGAAACGCCCGGUGGUGACGAUUGCCAAGCCUUCGGGCUCUUCCUCCGCGCCCUGCUCCUAGCAGAGUUCCCGGUCUGUGUGCGGUGUCAGGAUGGCAGACGCACGGCGGCCGCGGCCGCGUUGUUGCAAGUCCUCACACACCCGAAGCAAAGAGCGGACUCCUGGCUUUGUGGCAUAUUAGAAGCGGUUGACAUGCUGCACUUGCUUCCUCCUGCAUUGCGCAAGCGCACGAGCUGCAAUCUUCCGGUGGAGCUUGCGCUAGGUUCUGGCUUGACUCUUGAGGAGUUUGCAAAGCUCCGCAGCAAGCUCACUGGGGUGCCUGAACAGCUGCCAACAAUUCAGUUCCACUUGAAGCCUGGCUGUCCUGAAGUGCCCUGCCGCGAAUACACCAAGGCAGAGGCUGAGCUCCUCACUCGGUGCCUCUUGGGGAAACCGUCGCGGUCCAAGCCCAGAGCCGUGUUUGUCACCGGCCUGCCUGGCGCUGGGAAGACAUCCUGCCUGGAAGGGCUGCUGUCUGACUUGGGCAUGGCUCUCAAUGAAACUGUCAAUCUAGAUGCGGACGGUGCUCGCUGCUUUCAUGCGCAGCACCAGCGUUAUGCCCAGCAGAUCUGUGAAGUUGAUUCAAAUGAGGCUCUUCACUUUACGUCCUUGGUGGAUUUGCCCAGUUGGUUUCACAACUCAGACAUGAAAAAGGUCCUGUAUGAGGCUCCGGAUUCCGUCCUUUCUCAGCUUCUUCAGAAGCGCUGCGACUUUGUUCUGCCAGGCAUUUUCGAUGAGCCAAGUACUUUGCGCUUCAUGGAAGAUGUGCUGAAGGAAAACUACCAAGUCCAUUUGCUGGGUAUUCAUGUGACAGCAGAUACUGCCACGCAGAGGGCAGAGAUGCGUGCCAGCUCGACUGGCCGAAUGAGCUGCGAUCUUGGGCGCGAGGUGGGAAUGUUGGAGCAGUUCCCAAAGCUCGCCGCGUGCGCCUUGCGGAGUGGGGGAAUCGUGGCGCUCUAUGACAACGACGCAGGCGCCAAGGCCGCGCCAGUUCCCAAGUUGGUGUACAAGAAUGGUCUGCUGAAUUGCAAGGCCGCCGCAGUUUGCGCGCGCUGGGGCUUAGCGUGA